AUGGGCACGCCGAUCGACCCUACGUACCCCCUACUCCCCGCUGUCUGCUUCCUUGCAGCCGCCUCACUGCUCCUGCUCAUGUUGAAUGGGCUCGCGCGGCAGACUAAAUGGAAUUUUGGCGUCGGAUUGCUCACCUGCUGUCUCAUCGUGAUGAACCUAACGAAUGGCAUGAACACGAUCCUAUGGUCAGAUAACGCGGACAUCAAGUUAUAUGUUUACUGCGACAUUGUAUCCCGGAUUCAAAUCAUCGGUUUCGUCAUCAAAUCGACGGCGACGCUCAUCAUCACACGCCGACUGUAUCUCAUCGCCAGUCUUCAAUCAGUCGAUGCGCCGAGCAAGUCUGCUAAGCGUUGGGAUACGUGCGUAGAGUGGACAUUGGGAGUGGUUCUACCUCUUCUCGUCGCCGGCCCGAUUUACUACAGCAUACAGACUAGCCGCUUUGUGAUCUGGGAAGGCUUCGGAUGCGCCAACGCUGAGGUCAACUCGGUCGUGACUAUCCUACUCAUCCCCACAAUACCAGUCAUAUUUCCCUUGAUAUCGGUGCUAUUCUACUACCCAAAAGUGGCAUACACAUUCUACCGCCACACCAAGGACGUCAAUCACUUCCUACGGACGAACGGCGCCGUCUCGCGCACAGUCUACCUCCGCGUCCUUCUCCUAGCGAGCAUCGACAUCGCCAUCACGCUUCCCGUCGGCAUCACCUACUUCAUCCUGAACCUACUUUCGGCUUUACCGAAUCUGACCGUCUACCCGGGUUGGAAGGUCGUACACACGAACUGGGAGCCGGCAGGAUUCCUAUAUCCAGAUUGGGCGGCGGAUCCUGCGUCGGCUGCGUCGCAAUACUUCUCGUUCUGGACGUGGCCCGUGCUCGCGUUCGUCAUCUUCGGCCUCUUUGGGCUAUCGGGUGAAGCUCUCGCAUCAUAUCGCAGCGCCAUACGUCGUUCCCUCCGGUGGGUCGGUCUGAAGCCACUACAAGACGGCUGUGUUGCCUCCUCCACGAUGGACACCAUCCGGUUUGGAGAGUGUCAUCAAGAGUCUACCACGCACACGGCACCUUCACAUUCCUCGGAUUUUAUGGACAUCGGCCUGCCCUCUCCAGUGACCGACAAGAGCUUUAGAAGCAGUGUCUCUGAGGGAGAGAGGUACAAUGACCUGGUCAAGAAGGAGAAUGCAUGA